CCGCCCACUUCAGCCUAAUCAUCACAUGACCGCCUUCGAGCUUUAACUGUGGAAGAACGGGAAGCAUCAACAAUAAAAAUAACAAUGUCUGGACCAAAUGGCGACCCCACUAUUUCUAUCGACGACCCGGGCAUAGAAGAAGAAGAAGAAGAUGAUUUCAGUGAAGAAGAAUAUGCUUCAGUCAACUCCAUGCUGGAUCAAAUUAACAAUUGUUUGGAUGACUUGGAAGACCGCAAUGACUCUCUGAAUGGGAAGCUGCAUGAACUCUUGGAAUCCAACCGCCAAGCCAGGGUGGAGUUCCGGGCUCAGCUGGCUGGAGCCCCGACCAAGGACCAGGAAGAGGACUCUUCUCUAUCGUCCCCCAAAGAACAGGACGAAGACAUUGAGAAAUAAGGACUGCGUGAGAUGUUUAUGUAGAGCGUGUACUCUUCCUGUCAAAUAUAUUUAAAGUUUAUUUUUGUUUCAUACAUUUGACAAGAUUGUGUAUCACAGGUGCAUAAGGUAUCUUUAAUUUAUAUAUAUAUAGGCCUAUAUAUAUAUAUAUAUAUAUAUAUAUAUAUAUAUAUAUAUAUAUAUAUAUAUAUAUAUAUAUAUAUAUAUAUAUAUAUAUAUAUAUAUAUAUAUAUAUAUAUAUAUAUAUAUAUAAUAUAUAGCAAUUUUGUCUUUCAGAACGUUUUUGAGAUUGGAAGUGGCAUGCUAUUAUAAAUUAUUAGUAUUGACCUCCCCAGUUGUAAUUAAACCCUUUCUGCUAGAAAAAAUAUGAGAUACAUUUAAACCGAAAAUGUCCAGGGCAAUGUGGCUUAAUUUAGUUCAAUUUUCCUGCUAAGUAGCAUUUGUCUGUGACUCAUAGUUUAAACUUUAAAUAACAUUGGAUGGAAACAUAAGGAGGAAUUAAGUGUUAAGUGUGUUAAGUGUUACAUUAUACAUUUCCAAGGUCUAGUUAAUCCUAGAUUUUUGGGAACAUUCAGGUCUGUCAGUGUGUAUUUAUUAUAUAACUGUGUAUAUGUACAUUCCAUUUAAUGUUUCCAAACAUUAAGUCACUAUUAAAAGGUACAUCCAGGAAAUACUAGUUUGUAUUAAUCAGAUUAUUACAGAGCACCCUCUCCCCUCAGUAAUUUAAAUAACAAUUGUGGGAAUUAUCUGUUUUUUAUUAUAAAUUAAAAUGACAAAACAUUCAACUUUCAAAAAUACAUGAAACUUCCAGCUGUUAAAAAAACAAUAGCCGUUUGUUCAUUUGUCAGUUGCAGAAUAAAAAUACAAUAAUAAAACAUACAACCUUGA